UUCAAAUUAAAUACAUAAACUAUCUAUUCCGUAUGACAAUUAAAAACAUAUAAUCGUUGAAGAAAUCUAGAAAAGCAAGAAUCCAACAAUAACAAUGAGAGCAGCUGCCUCUCGCUUUGAAAAUUGGCUCUUCAAAUUUCUUUAAUGGAGAGAGCGUUGUUUUCCACGCGGCUUAAUAUCACAAUUAGCUCCUUAUUCAGUCAAGUUCUAUUUGGCUUCUUCUGCUCUUUUUAGCUUUUCUCUUUCUGACCGAUUCUUCAAGACGGGGGUGAUAUGUUGUACUAGAAUUCGAGGGGAGAGAGAGCUCUGCCUUUUCUGUUCAUUCACCUUCACUUUACCUUUCUGGGUUCUUUACUUCUUUCUCUUUAGCUGCUGGACGCAGAGGAAAUGGCUGAAUAUAUCUGUUUAUGUAACAAGGAUACAAUAAUCAUAAAGGCUCCUAAGAAAUCUCCCAUUUUUUUAAGGAUGAUAGUUUUAAUAUUUGCCAUGGUCUGUGGUGUUUAUAUCUGUUCAAUCUGUUUAAAGCAGAUAAGCACCCAUAAUAAAAUUAAAAUUGAGGAUAUUCAAGUUAUUGAGAAGCCAUCUUCUGACAAUGAAUCCAAACAAAUGCAAAUUCCAAUCCUGCAUUUUCCACAUCCUGAAACUUUUAGCAGGGCUGAAUGUCUGCAUAAUCCUGUGAGAUACUUUGCAAUACUAUCGAUGCAGAGAUCCGGCAGUGGAUGGUUUGAAACCUUGUUGAAUAGUCAUGUUAAUGUAAGCUCAAAUGGAGAAAUAUUUUCUGUUUUGGAUAGGAGGAGAAAUGUUUCAUCAAUUAUAAGUACUCUGGACAAAGUUUACAAUUUGGAUUGGUUAACUAGUGCUUCUAAGAAUGAAUGCUCAGCAGCAGUUGGUUUCAAGUGGAUGCUUAAUCAGGGAUUAAUGGAGCACCAUAAAGAAAUAGUAGACUACUUCAACAGUAGAGGUGUAUCAGCAAUAUUUCUGUUCCGAAGAAACCUGCUGCGCCGGAUGGUUUCAGUACUUGCAAAUUCCUAUGACCGGAAUGCUAAACUACUGAAUGGAACCCACAAAUCUCAUGUUCAUUCAGAAGAAGAGGCUGCAAUCCUUUCAAAAUACAAGCCUACAGUUAAUUCCACAUUGUUAAUUGCUGAUCUAAAGGAAGUGGAGAUUACAGCAUCCAGGGCUUUAGAAUACUUUAAUAGCACUCGGCACAUGAUUUUGUACUAUGAGGAUCUCGUUAAAAAUCACACAAAACUCAAGGAUGUUCAAGCAUUUCUUCGGCUUCCACUGAUGGAAUUAACAAGCCGUCAGGUCAAGAUACAUAAAGGUCCAUUGUCGGACCAUGUCGAGAACUGGAAAGAUGUGAAUGAGACAUUAACUGGAACAGAAUAUGAACAUUACCUCCAGACUGACUAUUAAAAUUAACAAGCAUGCUAACUUAAGGAAUGGCGCAUGUGAAUAGGAUUCAACUAAUUUAUCAGAGGAUGCUUGAAAGACAAAAGUCCUAUGCAGGUUUGAGUCUUGUAACUUGCGAAUGGUGACUUCAUGCAGAAAUCCGAAAGAAUCAGAUUGCUUUCAAAGGCAUCCUUACAGAACUCAAUUUUGCUGUGACCAUUAACUAGGUAAUGACCAAGCUGACAAGAGUGUUGUAUUUUGGUUUCUCAUUUAAAAAUUUUGACCAUGCAGUGUUUGCUGCACUUAAUUUUCUAUUGUAUUUUCAGCUUUUGUUGAGGUUCGAACUUGUUGAUUGUAUUGAUCAUGUUCUGGUUCAUCACAUGGACAUAAUGUAAAUGUCUGCUAAUCAAUUCCAAGAAAAUAUGAGAAAUUGUUUCAUCAUGA